GUCACGGGAGCGAGCACGUCUAAGCUCCGCCUUCUCCUCAACUUUGUUGACUGCGGCGGAGACUCGCCAGAUCACUCAGCAUCUUUGUGAAAGACAUGACUAGACUAAACGGACAGAGAAUGGAUGCAAACGUCGUGGUACUCGGCACAGACAAUGUUGGAAAAUCUGCACUUAUUGUCCGAUUCCUGACACGUAGAUUCAUCGGGGAAUAUGGGGAUAUUGAGUUCCUUUACACUCACAAUGUUAUUGUGGAUGGACGUGAGCAAACUCUGAAUAUAUGGGAUGCACCAUAUUCACAGGACCUGUCCUCUGAGUCCUUGAUGUGUGAGAAAAGAGUCCAUUGGGCAGAUGGCUUUGUGCUGGUCUACAGCAUCUGUGACCGGUCCAGUUUCAACGCGGUCUCCAGACUCAUUCAAAUAAUCAAAUCCACUAAGGAUUUUCUGGGCUUUGAGAAGAUGCCUAUAAUUAUUGUGGGGAACAAGAGGGACCUGCACCAUCGCCGUACGGUGCUCAGCGAAGAGGGCAGGCUGCUUGCGCUGUCUGCAGACUGUCAGUUUUAUGAGGUUUCAGCUGCUGAGAACUACCACGGGGUCCUCAUGGUUUUCCAUGGGCUGAUGGAUCGAAUCAGGGAGUCCAGGGUGUCUGUGAAAAAGUUAGCAGGCAUCAAGGGCAUUGUGAAGAGCAUGUCUGCAGUGUUUACCCGCAGGCGCACAGAUUCGCUGUGAAGGUGAUGGGAGCUCUGGAAAUAAAGCGUGUGUGGUCUGAUAUGACCUAUUUUAGAUCCAUUGAGAGGGACGAGCCAUUGCUGUGGCUUUCAUGAGAGUCUGGAAUCUCUCAUGUGACUACAGCUGGAUCUGGGGGCAGCUAAGAGACAGCCCUAGUAUGUCUGCUAAGGUGAUGGCUACAAUUGAGAACAUAUUGAAAUCAGAGAGUUCUCAAUUAAAUGCUUAAGAUGCUAUGUGGCAGCAGAUUAUAUCAAUCAUAAGUGGAGUGAAUAUUCAACUGCAUGAAGAAAAACAUGUAUUCUAACCUCUGCUUACUUAAAACAAAUGAAAAUUUGCUAAAAAAAUGUACUCACCCUCAGGCUACCAGUUUAUUUCUUUGUCUGAACACUUAUUUGAAGAAAUUUAGUGUUACAUCAUUUGCUUACCAAUUGAUCCUCUGCAGUGAAUGGGUGCCAUGAGAAUGAGAGUCCAAACAGCUGAUAAAAACACUACAAUAAUCCACAAGUAAUCAACACAAACAACUGCUCCUAAACUGUAAUUGAUCUGUGCAUAUUUCUCUCAAAUCAGAUGAGAGGACUUUUACACUGGAGAAAACAAUAUUAUGGAUAGAGGACUCAUAUUUUAGCCAGAAGGAAUGGUCUUGACAUUAAAAUGUCUUAAUGCAGUUUUUAUUAAUAAACUCGCAGCGUUUCACUUCACAAGAUGUGAAUUGAUGGCUGCAGUCAUGUUGAUUAUUUAUGGAUUAUUGUCAUGUUUUUAUCAGCUGUAUCAACUUUCAUUCUGAUGGCACCCAUUCACUCUAGAGAUCCAGUUAUGACCAAAUGAUACAAUGCUUAAUUUCUCCAAAUCUGUUCAGAUUAAGAAACAAAGUCAUCUAUAUCUUGGCCCAAGGAUUAGUAAAUUUUCAGCAAAUUCAGCAAACUAUUCCGUUUUCAACAGGAAAUAUGUCAGUGCUUCUGCAAAUAGUCAUGAAUGUUGGAAGAAGAUAAACACUGAUGCAAGACAACAUUGUCUUAUGCUACAAAUACAAAAGUCUCCAACAGUAUCAGGUAUUAUUAUUCAAAGAUCAAGGCUGUCUUGCAUUUCAGUUACAAUGUACUGUUUGAAGAGUGUGUCUGUGUGCAUUCAGAUAACCGCACAAAAUGUGUUAUUUUCCCCCAGCUUCUUUUCUGGGGCUGUUCAAGUGCUUUAUUGAGAACAUGUAUUGGUUUCUAGAUCAAACUGUUUAAUAUUUCUUUGUCUAUAAAUCUAAUAAAUCAAAGGAACACUUCCCCUGAGAGCUACUGUACAGUGCAAUGUUACAAUCAGUAAAUGAAUAUGCUGUAUUUGUACUGAAUAUAUUAUUACACCAAAAACAAGUUGGUUGAUGAAAGAUCCUAGAUAGAAGCUUAAAGUGGAACAAAUGCAAUGAAUAUAUGGUGUAAAGCUGACAGUUUAUGUACAUGAGUAUUUCUUUAUCAACAAUCAAAAAAUAAAAAAAAUAAAAUCAUAAUUUAUAUUCAUAGACCUUGGGUUUUUCAAGGGACAUCUUAUGAAAAAAGUAUGUACGAUCACUAUUUGCCGUGACUGUUG